AUGGCAAAACUUGACCCAUUUCAUAUAAUGAUUGUCUCACAAUAUUUUACUGGUAUUUCUGAUUUUAAAAAUCUUGAAAAUGUUCACCAGAAAUACAAAGGAAAUAUGUUAAAGUUUCACUUCAACCCGAUACCACUCACUCCUGAAAUUCUACCUCUAUUUCCAAAUAUCGAGACGUUGAACGUCUGGAGUCUUCCCGCUGAAUUUUUUAAUUUUUACGACUUAGUUGAAGACUCUCUUCAUUCAGAUUAUAAAAAGAAAAAGACUCAGAAAAACACGCGAAAAAGUCGCAAAUCUUUGACCCGAGAAUUUGUUCAUCUGAAUAUCUGGUAUGAAGUCUCUUAUAGUCGUUCUUUGAUAACAGAAAAUGGGAAAAUAUCAUAUAAAAAUAUUUGUUUGUUUGAUUUUGAACGUAGAAUGAAUUAUAACACAAUUCCUCAAAACGUGAAAAGUCUUGGCGAUAAGUGUUUUGCUUUUGAAAAAACGUUAAGCGAAAUUAUUAUACCCGACAGUGUGACAAGACUCAAUUAUGAGUGCUUUACUUCGUGCACCAACUUGACUAAAGUUGUGCUACCAAAAACUUUAAAAGAGAUUCAAGGACUUUGUUUUGAUGGUUGCAAAUCUUUGGAAGAAAUAGAAAUACCAGAGACUGUCGAAACAAUCGGAUAUAAUGCCUUUUCAGGUUGUGAAAAGAUCUCAAAAGUGGAAAUGCCUGGAAGUGUUAAAGUAUUGAGAGAAUGGACGUUCGCUGGAUGUGUAUCACUUAGAGAAGUGGUUUUACACGACGGUAUAAACAGCAUUAAUUACGAUGUAUUUGCACGGUGUGAUUUAAAUACUGUUGUUGUACCAAAAAGUGUUACACAACUGGAUAGCACUGCAUUUGAUAAAAAUGUGGUGAUUAUAAGAAAUUGA